CGGCAGCGGAUGAGAUAUCAUCUCGACGUCGGUGCUUAUGGCAUACCAAAGCGUGCGAGUGGCCAAGCUGUCGCUGGCAGAGAUGGUUAUUGCGGCUCAAGCUUGGGGCGUGGAAAGCUGUUUCAGGGGGGACAGUCGGAAGACUUGACUUUAGCAGUCCAAGUUGGGGAAGAUGCUUAUUUUAUCAGGGACAACGCUAUGGGUGUAGCGGACGGUGUCGGUGGCUGGUCAAAGGCCAAGAACUUUGAUCAUACUGCCAAGUAUACACCCUCAGAUCCCUCUGCGAGUGCUUUAGACCGAUCAAGCUGUCUCUGCUUGUCAAGUGGAGUCAACAGUUAA